AUGUGUAGACGGACCUCGCAGAGGAACUUAAGGAUGUUCUCACACCACUCGCACUCCGGGGAGUAUGUGGCGCACGGGGCGGAUACGCUAGAGGCUGUGGUGGCGGAGGCGCUACGGCAGGGCUUCCACACGUACUGCCUGACGGAGCACAUGCCCCGCCUAGAUGAGGCAUAUCUCUACCCGGAGGAGCGGUCUGGGGCCGCGGCCAGGGAUUUGCGGGGGCUCGCGGAGUUGUUCGGGCGCUACGUGGAGCAUGCGGCACGGUUGCGGCAGCACGUGGACGGCAUGGCAGUUCUGGUGGGUAUGGAAGCGGAGGCGUGUGACCGGCAGCACGUUGCAUACGCCAAACGGCUGCUGCAGGACUUCGGCAGUCACGUGCAGUUCUGCGUGGGGUCUGUACACCAUGUGUAUGGGAUCCCGAUCGACUUCAGUCAGACGCUGUGGGAUUCGGCCCUGCAGCAAGCAGGUGGCAAUUUGAAACGGCUACUUGCCGAUUAUUUUGAUUGGCAGUACUACAUGCUGCGCGAGCUGCAACCAGAAGUUGUUGGGCACUUUGAUCUGAUCCGGCUGUAUCUGCCGCGUGACAGAUUUUGGGUCGAAUUAGGCACCGGCGCAGUUUCAGACACAUAUCUCGGGGGUAAUUGGACGCACAUUGCUUUAGUUUCUGCCCGCAUCGUUUCCCUGUGGGAGGAUGUGCAAUCUCGCGUGGUAAGAAACCUGGAGUAUAUUGCAUCGUAUGGAGGCUUAGUAGAGAUUAAUUCUGCAGGUCUCCGAAAAGGACUCGCGGAUCCAUACCCACAUCGCGAUGUUGCUCUUUUGGUAAAGCGGUAUGCGGGCGCGAGGUUUGUUUUGAGUGACGACGCACACAGUGUGUCACAGGUCGGCACCGAGUAUGUGCGUACGCUCGAAUAUGUAGAAAAUGUGUUACAACUGGAAGGACUGUUCUACCUAGCAGAGGCGAGCAGUGGGCCUACUGCGCUCGAGGCGAAAUACAUGAGUUUGCAAGAGAUAAAAGAGAGCCGCUUCUGGAAGUAG